AUGUCUUCUAAGGUCAAGGUUGCUGCAGUUCAGGCCGAACCUGUCUGGAAUGACCUACAGGGCGGGGUAGCCAAGGUUAUCUCCCUGAUCAAGGACGCCGCCAACAAUGGCGCAAACGUGGUGGGUUUUCCUGAGGUAUUCAUCCCAGGGUAUCCAUGGAGCAUUUGGGCCAACUCGGCCAUGGAGAAUGCGUCCUUCAUGAAUGAAUACUUCGAAAACUCCUUGGAGAGGGAAUCGGAGGAGAUGGAGCGCAUCAAGGUUGCCGUCCGCGAAGCGGGUGUGUUUAUCGUUCUGGGAUACAGUGAACGAUACCGAGGGUCAUUGUACAUUGCCCAGUCAUUCAUCGACCCUACCGGUACUAUUGUCCACCACCGACGUAAGAUCAAGCCGACUCAUGUCGAGAGAAGCUACUGGGGAGACGGGCAAGCAGACUCCCUUCAAACGGUAGCACCCAGUGCUUUUGGAAACAUUGGUGGGCUCAACUGUUGGGAGCAUACCCAACCGCUGCUACGGUAUUACGAGUAUUCUCAAAACGUUGACAUCCAUGUCGCAAGCUGGCCUUGCAUGUGGAACAUCCCGUCUUGGACAUACCAUACCUCUGACGAAGCAAGUAGCCGUUUCAGUCAGGUUUUGGCCAUGGAGGGUGCUUGCUUUGUCCUUGUUUGCACUCAAAUACUAACACCGGAAGGGAAGAUCAAGUCCAAGUUGCCAGACUUGGACUGGAUGAAACUUCCCGGAGGAGGUCUUACGGUGAUAUAUGGCCCUGAUGGAGCUCCGUUAACGGCACCAUUGGAUCCUGGAGUGGAGGCGAUCGUGUAUGCGGAUAUUGAUCUGAAAGAUCGGAUCAAGGCGAACCAGAACCUCGACCUCGUUGGUCAUUACUCUCGCCCUGAUCUUUUAAGUCUGCGGGUCACAACUGAAGCUGCAACUCCUAUUCACUUCAACUAG